UUACUCCAUGCCUGGCCGUCACCGGUAGGCGGGAAGUUACCGCGGGUACGGUUAGGAGCCCUGUGCCGAGUCGUGGAGGAACAGAAUGAUUACCGGAGCUGUACCGCACCGUUUUGACCACUUUGCUCUGUGAAAGAGACGUUUUUACUUUCCGGCUUCGGUGGUGAUUGACGUGUCCCGGUGUGUACCGCCGGUUAUUAACCCCAGUGAUGGCUGACGGUACCAAGAGCGGCUCUUACCUGGACACCAGGCUAGGAGAGAAGAUUGAGCAGCAAAGUCCAUCUACGUCAUUUAUUGAUACAGCCAUCAAGAUUAGACGAGAGGCACAUGCCUGCAACAUCGUCCUGGCCUGGGGGCUCCUAAACUUCUCUCUGGCAGGAAUGAUUUAUACAGAAAUGACCGGGAAAAUAAUCAGUACCUAUUAUAAGAUUUCAUGCUGGCCCUUGUGGUACAUUGAACUGGCAUUUGCUUUACUGUUCAGUCUGAAUGCAUUGGUUGACUUCUGGAGGUAUUUCAAAUGCACUAUGACAUCGCCAAAUCUUACACUAAGCCCCUCCCAACAAAAGCUUCUUGGAGUACAAAAUUCAUCUGUGCAGUAUACUCCACCAAAGGAUCUUGUGAAGAGUGUAGUCCCUGCGUCCACACCUUCUCCUUGCAUUCAGGGGCAAAGUGUACUGAGCUACAGUCCAUCACGUUCACCCAGCACCAGUCCCAAGUUCACUUCUAGCUUCAUCAGUGGGUACAGUCCGCAGAUGCAGGCUCUGUUACCAAGCACUGGCAGUUCUUUUGCAACAGCUGUAGCCUACUCACCGAACAAUAGCUUUACCAAGAUGCAAAACUUCAGUCCCACACCUGGAUCACCAUCAUACCCCAGUAGUCUUGGUCCAUUGGAAAACAGUGGCUUGAGAUCUCGAUAUCGCUCAUCACCAUUUGCUUACAGUUCCCCUGCUGGCAAGGAUGACUACAUGACUGAUCUCAAGUUACUGGAUACGUUCAUUCGUAGUGAAGAAGAAAAGCAACAGCGCUCUCAGCUGGGGAGUCCAGAAUCCAACUCCACAUCAAACAGUCCAACCUUCUGGAAUUACAGCCGUUCCAUGGGAGAUUAUGCAUACAGUCUCAGGAAGUACCAGUACCAGCUGGCAUGCAAGUCUCAGGCUCCUUCUGCACACAAGGAUGAGGCAGACCUUGGCUCCAAGCAGGCAGCAGAAGAGAUCUGGGCAAGAGUUACAAUGAACCGCCAACCAUUGGACCACAUAGAUUCAUGGACAGAAAAACUCCGGAAUUGGAUUAAUGAAACAAUUUUGGUGCCAUUGGUUCAAGAGAUGGAAACUGUGAACAUGCAGAUGAGAAGGCUUGGAUGUCCUGAGCUGCAAAUAGGGGAGUCCAACAUUAGCAGUUUAAAGCAAGCUGCUCUUGUAAAGGCACCGCUGAUCCCUUCACUCAAUGUCAUCGUUCAGUACCUGGACGUCACUCCAAAUCAAGAAUACCUCUUUGAGCGUAUUAAAGAACUGUCCCAUGGAGGAUGCAUGAGCUCUUUCCGGUGGAAUGGAGGUGGAGACUUCAAAGGUCGGAAAUGGGACACUGACCUCCCUACAGACUCUGCGAUACUCAUGCAUGUGUUCUGUACGUACCUCGACUCUCGACUGCCCCCUCAUCCCAAGUAUCCUGAUGGCAAAACCUUCACCUCUCAACACUUUGUUCAGACGCCUGAUAAACCUGAUACUUCAAAUGAAAAUGUCUUUUGCAUCCACCAGAGCCACAUCAAUCCUCCCCACUAUGAACUUGUUUACCAAAAGCACAUAUACAACUUGCCAAAGGGGAGAAACAACUUGUUCCAUACAUUACUAAUGUUUCUGUACAUAAUAAAGACUAAAGAAUCUGGAAUGCUUGGGAGAGUAAAUCUUGGUUUAUCUGGAGUGAAUAUAUUGUGGAUUUUCGGUGACCUUUGAUGAUAAAAUUUUGAAAAAUUGAUAUGAAUGUAGUUAUUUAAAGGGUGUCUCUGGGAACUUAUAAACAUGGCAUGGAUGUUCUCCAACUUGACUAUGUAUUUAGGUUUACAGUCGGUUUUCAUGUUUUUUCCCCCUUUUUAUUUUGUCUUUCAUAUACAACUAUAUGGUAUGAUGUAAACAGAUCUCAUGUAAUUGUAUGCUGGCCAUCUAAGUUUUACUUAUAUUUCUGAUAUCCCCAUUCAUAUUUCGAUUUUGUAAACUACAUAAAACUGCCUUUUGGAAAUAUA